UCAACACUAAUGAGUAAUGACCAUAAUUUGUUCAAGAUAGUUUUAAUAUCUAAUAUAUUAUAUUAUAAAUAUUAUAUCUACUAUCAUUUCUCCAUUAGAUAUAGUAUAAAAGUAAGUACCUAUUUGUGAUAAUUAAAUUAUUAUUAUUUUAUUACUCGCAUUAUUCAUUAGUAUAACUAGUAUAAGGUAAUUAUAUAAUUAAAUAUUAUGAUCAACGAUAAUAGUGCAUAUCAAAAUGGGAAGACAUCAAAAUUAUUGUCAUUCUGUAAAACUGUCCACACCAGUAACAACUUACAUUCUAAUUGAAUUUUUAUUGUGGUUUAAUUUUUUUUUAUUUAACGUUAAAAUGGAUCAACUUAAAAAACGUACUCGUCAACCAUCGAAAAAGUUAUCAACUAAAAAGAAAUUGAGUAAUCGAGUGAUGAAUUUUCUAGGAAUUCAAAACAAAACCAAUCCCAAUCCAGAGGUCGUAGAAUCUGUUGUGAAACCUUUUUUCUUGGGUGAUGACAAUCAACUACCAUGCACAUCAAGGGAAACAAUUAGUCAAAAUCCAGAGCUCGUAAAAUCUGUUGAGGCACCUUUUUUCUUAGGUGCUGACAAUCAACUACCAUGCACAUCAAGGGAAACAAUUAGGAAAAUAAAUGAUCCGGAGGGUAAUGCAAAUAAUUAUUGGAAUACUGAAGAAAAUUUACAUAACUUAACAGUGGACGAAUCUAUACUUAGUAAUCAAGAAAUUAAGCAAUGUGAUGUUGAUGAAAGUUCGGGAAGACGAAUAGUGGAUAUGCAUUACGUUUUUAGUCAAAUUAAAAACAGUGUUCAUAGAGGGUCAUUUGGUUGUACAUUUUUAAAUAUGACGUUUAUUUCUGAGAAAAAACACGGGUUUAGAUCAUCAUUUAAGUUUAAAUGUGAUGUUUGUAAUAUUGUUAUGUUUAUCGACUCAGAAAAGUUGAAACCUGAAGCUUAUUUGCCAGUAAAUUAUUCCGCCGUUAAUGGAUCAAUAGCAGCUGGAAUUGGAUUUACACAGUUGUCCGAAUUGUGUGCGAUAAUCGAUAUACCUUGUAUGUCUUCAACUACUUUUCUGAAAAUUCAAGAGUUUAUUUGCAAAAGAAUUCACGAAGUUGCAGAGGAACAAAUGAAAAUUGCUGGUGAAGAAGAACGUCGUUUAGCAAUAAAAGCUGGUACAUUAGAUGUUGAUGGAACCCCUAUGUGCACUGUAGUUGCGGAUGGACAGUGGUCAAAGCGCAGUUACAAGACUAAAUAUGAUGCAUUAUCUGGAGUGGCAACAAUAAUAGGUUAUAGAUCGAAAAAAAUUUUGUUUGUGGGAAUUAGAAACCGUUAUUGUAUAAUUUGCCAAAGGGCCAAAAAUAAAAAACUAUCUCCACCUGACCAUACUUGUUUUUUAAAUUGGAAAAAGGGUGCAACAAGCAUGGAAGCCGAUGCCAUUGCCGAUGGAUUUAAACAAAGUUUGGAAAUGCAUGGACUCAAAUAUAACAAACUAAUAGGAGAUGGAGAUUCUAGCGUUUCAAAAAGGCUAUCUGAAAUCAUGCCUUAUGGACCUAGACUACUCGUAAAAAAAAUAGAAUGUCGUAAUCAUUUAUUGCGAAAUUAUGGUACAAAAUUAGCAGCUAUGACAGCAAACACGAAGUAUCCAAUUUUGUUAAGAAAACAUGUAAAAGCCAAUGCAUUACGUUUUAGAUUUUCAAUAACUAAGGCAAUUGAAUAUCGUAAUAGUUUACAAGGUCAAUCAGAUUACGAAAAAGAAGUUGGAUUACGGAAAGAUAUAAGUAAUAGUUUUCGUCACAUUUUGGGUAGCCAUGAUCGAUGUGAGCCAUAUUUUUGCAAGGGCACAAUACCAAAUGAAAAAAAUAUGAUUUUAGAAGCUGAAAGAUCGGGAUUCUUAACUGAUAUAUCUCAAAUAAUAUCUCGUUUAGUCGUCAAUGUUGAUAGUUUACUUAUGAAUGUUGACAACAACGUGUGUGAACAAUUCAAUAGUGUAAUUAAUAAACAUUUAGCGGGUAAACGAAUAAAUUACUCACAAAGAAAUUCAUACAAUUCACGAGUUGAAGCUGCGGUUAUAUCAUAUAAUUCAAGUGGACAAUUUCUUCGUUUAAUGCAUAAAAAUAUACAAAAUGAUAUAAGCCCAGGUAUACCUACUUUGAAGUAUUAUUUUUUUUUUAGUAUUUUUGAUUUUUUUUUUUAUAUAUACAUAUACUUCUAGGUAUAA